AACGGCCGCGGGUUAGUGGCAGAGAGGUGGGCGGGAGCUCUGGCCUUCGCACUCUGGAUUCCGUGUCUGGGUGGAGGAAUAGAAAGCCGAAGGGAGGCCCGCCACGGAGCGCUGAAUCAGGGUGGGCUGGCUGGCGACCGCUUGGAGCCCGAGCGAGGGUCUGGGUGGCCGAGCCGAGAGGGAGCCCCUUUCCUGGUCAUCUUGGUGAAGAAGAAGAAGAAGCCUGCAGAGGAGAACGCAGUGAGGGCGGAGGAGGCUUGCGGGAGGAGCCGCUGGUGUGGUCCAAGUUUCUGCAAGAAUAUAGAAGAGGAGUCAUGUCAGAAGAAACAGUGAGCGAAUCACAGUUUUCCUUGAAGACAGUAGCACUGAGAGUGUUUGAUCUUCCUCUGUCUUGGUACUAUUCUCUCUGCCAGAUCAAAUUUUCGCCAGUAGCUAAAAAGUUAUUCAUGGUAACUGCAGUGAGCGCUGUAUCUGUAAUUUUUCUGGCCCAUCACUUUAAAAGAAGACGUGGAAAAAAGAAAGGAAAAAUAUUACCAUGGGAACCAGAGCACCUCAUACUUGAAUGCACUAAAAGAGCAGCAUCAGACAAAGGUUCAAGUUGUUCCAGUAGCAGACAGAAUUUGACAUUAUCUUUAAGUUCUGCCAAAGACAAAGGAUCUCAGUCUUGUAACUAUGGAGGACUCUUCAGUAAGUGCUCGGGUUCUGCACAGAGUUUAGCCUCUGUCCAGAGUGUCAAUUCUUGUCAUAGCUGUGCUUGUGGCAAUUCUAAUUCCUGGGACAAAGCAGAUGAAGAUGAUAUUAAACUUGUUAAUAUUCCUGUGACGACUCCUGAGAACUUAUAUUUGAUGGGUAUGGAAUUGUUUGAAGAGGCAUUGCGUCGAUGGGAACAAGCUCUAACCUUUCGAAAUAGACAGGCUGAAGAUGAAGCCUGUGGUUCCAUUAAAUUGGGUGCAGGAGAUGCUAUUGCAGAAGAAAGUGUAGAUGAUAUUAUUAGUACUGAAUUUAUCCAUAAACUUGAAUCUCUGUUGCAAAGAGCAUAUCGUCUCCAAGAGGAGUUUGAAGCUACCUUGGGGGCAUCUGAUCCUAAUUCCCUUGUUAAUGAUACUGAUAAAGAUACAGAUGUCACCAUGAAAGGGAAUGUGGAUGACUUCGGCCUGAGAGACACCUUGAGUGUCGCAUCAACCGACUCCUUUGCUUCAGCAGCAGAGCUUGCAGAGCACAAAGAAGCGCGGCAUACCUACAGCCUGGAGUCCCUCUGCCACUGCCCUUUUUACGAAGAGGCCAUGCGCCUAGUUGAAGAAGGAAAAAUUUACUCGAGAGUGCUUAGAACUGAAAUGUUGGAGUGCCUAGGAGACAGUGAUUUUCUUGCCAAACUUCACUGUAUUCGACAGGCUUUUCAGGUAAUUCUUUCAGAAACAGCCAACAGGAUAUUCCUUGCUGAGAGUGGAAGGAAAAUUUUAUCAGCAUUAAUUGUAAAAGCACGAAAGAAUCCAAAGAAGUUUGAAGAUGUUUUUGAUGAAAUGAUCUAUUUUUUAGAGCAGACUGAUCACUGGGAUAAUACUGAAAUGGAACUUGCUGCUAGAGGAGUAAAAGAUCUAAACUUUUAUGAUGUUGUUUUGGAUUUUAUAUUAAUGGAUUCCUUUGAAGAUUUAGAAAACCCACCUACAUCCAUACAGAAUGUAGUAAAUAAUCGCUGGCUAAACUCCUCCUUCAAAGAAACUGCUGUGGCUUCAAGUUGUUGGUCAGUGUUGAAACAGAAAAGGCAACAGAUGAAGAUCCCAGAUGGAUUUUUUGCCCAUUUUUAUGCCAUUUGUGAGCAGAUCAGCCCUGUCCUAGCCUGGGGCUUUUUGGGUCCUAGAAAUUCUCUCUAUGAUUUAUGUUGCUUCUUCAAGAAUCAAGUUCUUUUCUUUCUCAAAGACAUUUUUGAUUUCGAGAAGGUGCGCUAUUCCAGUAUAGAGUCUCUAGCUGAAGACCUCAUGCAGUUGCUUGUUCGCCGCACUGAACUUUUAAUGGCCUGUCUUGGAGCUGAUGCACUGAGGCAUACAAGUAGCUGUUUAAAUAGUCAUGUUCCUGUUAUGCCCAGUGGCCUAUUAGAAGCCAAAGUACAAUGAGUACCAUAAAAAUUAGACAGUUUGAGUGUGCUAUGAAAUAUUUUAAGGUAACUAUUAAUUUUGUAACAUAUAUUACAGAAUUGAUGGAUAUGGACUCAGGGAGGAUUAAAACAACCUUGUAAAGAAUGAGUGAUUGUACUGUACUUACACAGAAGUUCUGUCAUUGAAUCCCUGUGUAGUGUAUCCAAAGUGUCUUUUUACAAGCUUUAGGUAAUAAUUGUUGUGAAAUGUUGUUUAUUUUAUAGAAAUAUUGCUUGAAUUGAAAGCAGUAUGUGGGAAUUAAUCGAUUUGUUGUCUUCAAGCUGUCUGAAAAGUCCAGUUUCAUUCUCAAAAGCUUUGUUUUUACGCUUCACACCUUGAAGAUACGUACUUUAGCCAAGACUUUUAUGGCCCACACAUGCAAGAAUAUAUUACUCCUAGUGUCAACGAACUUAACUUUGCCUGAAAAUGUAUUUUUAAUUAUAAAGUUGUUUGUUGUUUAAUCUAGUUUAGGCAGUAGUGGUGUUUAAUAUGUACUGCUUACGUUAUUGCUUGUGCAUUUGCUUAAGUAUUUGAAUCAAAGAAAUUGUAAUGGCCGAGUAUUGUUAUAAAACAUUUAAAUGAAUUGCCACUGAGAAGUUUACAAGUUUAUAUUAGAUUUACUGAAGUUUCCCAAAUAUAUUACUGUUGGUCCCAUAAGUUACAAUAGAGAGACUGAAGAAAUUUCUUUUAUCUUGGUAUAGAUAAGAGCAUUUCCCUUGAAUGAAUGUUGAUUAAAAAUAUAACAUUUGUUAACUAUGACAGCAAUUAAAAUUUCUCCCAUGUAUUUUUGAGACUCUCUCUCAACAUCCUAAGGUAUUAAUUUUGACUUAGUAAAAUCAUUUCUUCUUUCUCCUUCUACAAAACUAGCUUUUAGUUAUUCAUAGAGAACUUAGCACACUUGAGAGUUUGUCAUAUUAUGCCCAUAUUUUUAAAAUAUUCACUGACACUUUGAAUCUUAGGGAGGUCUUAAAGAAGAUUCUUUCCCCCCUGAAUAUAGAACAAAAUAUUUUUAAUGGUAUGGAAGUAUGUUUUCUUGUCCUUUGUGAUAAAUAUAUGAACAAAUGUAUUCAUAGUUUGAAUACAUAAUGAAUUCAUAUGUUUGAAUACAUAUGUAUGAAUACAUAUGAAUUCAUAUGAACAAAUGAAUUCAUAGUUUGUAUGAAUAAGGGUCUGGAGUAUAUUAGAUACUUUCACAGUUGUUUUAAUUUUGUGUGUAAAUUAUAUACCACUUACUUAGAGUGGCUGGCUCAGUAUAACAAUGGAUUAGAUUUGUUGAUUUUGCUCCUAAAGUGUUCUUUAUUCAUUUUGGGAGUGAGUUAUCCAGAAGAAUCUAAAAUAUAUAUUUUUAAAUGUAUUUUUAGAUUAAAGUGCCUAGUUUCUGAUUAAUGAGUAGAAAAUGAAAAGUGGGGAAAGAAGCAUAAUCGUUUAAGGUUUUAAGUUUAUGUAUGUGCCAUAUUUAUGUAAUACUAGUUACAAAAUAGAUUCAGAAUCUUUAUGCUGGUUGCAUGUACUGUAUUCUAUAAUGUGUAGGUUACAGCAUUAAACAAUAUGAAUAUUGCUGUAAUGCUUUUUGAGUAUGUAGCUCCUGGAGUUUUCUCACAUGUAUUCUUAAUUUAACACUUGACUGUUCAUAAUUCUCAUUAUUAAUGGAGGAGUAUUUUUGGAUGUAUCAAAGCUAAAAAUUCCAUUAUAUAGUAUUUUAUAUUUCAUUUUUUAAUUUAAAUUCUGUAUUUUGGUUUCUUGUUGAGGUACCAGUGACCUUGAAUGAUUCACGCAUAUACAUAUGUCUGCACAUACCCAUCCCUAUUAUUGUGUAAGCAAGAUAGUUAUUGCUUAGGUUAAUUUUCCUGUUUGAAGGACUGAAUGUUUUAAGCUGUGGUUUUAUAAACAAAGCUAUAAGUAAACUUAAUUACUUUUUUAUUUGAGUAGAAUAUUGUUUGAAAUCUGUUUCAAAGAAUUGCACUAUUUAAUAAUGCUGCUAGUACAUGAAACAACUCUGGGGAAUUUUUUUCAUCAGAUAAAAUGAGUGGCUUUCCAGAAGUUGUAUUUUUCUCUUUUAUAUUUCACCUAAAAAAAAAAAUUAUCCAUGUUUAAGAGAUUGGUUUGUCAUGUUCAGUGCUUGAGGUUGGUUAGUUUCUGGUCAGUUCAGAAGCUACUACUUUAGUAAGAUGCUUUCUUUGUGGCCUUUGACACAAGAGACAAGAAUGACCAAAUAGAUUUUUAGGGUAAUGGGUAUAAAAAACCCCUCUCUAUUGUAAGGGAAGAAACCUGACUUUUCUAAAGAAACAUCUCUUAAAAAUGUUUCUAACCACUAAAGAGUACUUAAGGUGUAUGUUCCAAUUCCAGUUUGCCUUGAAAUUGGGUUGAACAGUAAAGCAAUGUUUUAAAAAUAUAAAGUAAGUAAACUGGUCUAGAACCUUUUAGGAUAAAACCCUGUUUAACACUUACUCAUGGUAGUAUUAUCAGAAAAUUGCCUUUGCCACCAUGAAUCCUACUAUCUGCUUUUCUAUAUAAAUUAUAAGAAGACCUUGAAUUAAUCAUGAGAAAAUGGAUUUUUUUUUUCCUCCUAUUUUCUGGAAGAAAAAAAGUAAGUGUUCAGGUGAUUUUUAUUUGAUAAUUUUUCUUUCUCCUUUGGUUUCUCUACAUCUUUGUUCAACUAAAAGGCUAGUUAUUCUUGAAGGAUUACAAUAUGUUUAUUAAAUGUCAAAAUGAGAUUCUUUUUUAAAAAGAAGGCAAGUUUUUCAUACUGUUACAGUCAGCGCCAAAGAACUUUUUCCUUCCCUUAAGUAUUUUUUAUUUGCAUCUGUUUGAUUCUAUUAAUUUUUUCAAUUAACUGACUUUAUAAAAAAUAUUUGCAAACUUUUUCUUGCCUUAAGAUGUAAUAUUUUCCACUUAACUGAUUGCCUACGGAUGAUUAUCUGCAUUAAAAAGAAUUCUUUAGCUUAUCAUUCCUUUAAACCUAUGAGAUAGAAAUGCCAAAGUAACAUUUCACAUACUUCUCUGUGACCUUUCAUAAUCAGAAAUUUUAAAUUAUGUUCAUAACAUAAUUUGCUUUUAUUUUUAGUGAACACAUGUUAGGGAGUUAUUUGGAAUAUGUCAAUACUUUUCAAAGUGAUUAUAAGAAUGACACUGAAUUAAAAAAAAUUUUUUUUUUGCUUGGAUUAAGCAAAUUUAGAAAUAUCUCUGUAUGUGAAACUGAAGAAUUUAUAUAAUCUGUGAUUAAUGGAAAUAAGGGCAUCCUUUCUUUGUUACUUGUGUUUAUAUUGUUGUUUUGCUUAGUUUGAGAACAACUGUGUAUUAGCUUCACUUGGCUGAUAUCUGUAAGUGUGUCUAUUCCUAAGUGUAAAGACUGCAUUCAUUAAUUUAUGUAAAAGUAAAACACUACGGUAGCAGGAAAAAAAAGAGCACUGACUCUUUAGCCAAAAUAAGCGCUGUAACAUGGCAUUUCUCUAUUGCCAAAUAAAAAAGUGAUGGUGCAUCUUG